GUCCUCCUCAUGUUCCGCGCGAUCCUCGUCGCCGCCUGCGUUGCCGCAGCAACUGCUUUCUCCCCCAGCGCCCCCCUGGCUCGCCCUUCCUCCUCCAGGAAUGUCGCUGCCGUCGGCCCUCGCAUGCAGGCCAUGUCCAAGUCUAUCCCCUUCCUCAAGAAGCCCGCUGCUCUCGAUGGAACCUUGGCCGGAGACGUUGGCUUCGACCCGCUCGGACUUUCCUCUGUAGCCGAUGUCCGCUUCUUGGCCGAGGCUGAGCUCAAGCACUGCCGUCUUGCUAUGCUCGCCGCCCUCGGAGCUAUCGUUCAGGACAUCUUCACCUUCCCUGGAGUCUCCAAGGUCGUCGGAUCUGAGAAGAUGACCGGAGUCCACGACAUCCUCGUCAAGCAGGGUGCCAUGGGACAGAUCCUCCUCUGGGUUUCCUUCCUCGAGGUCUUCGGAACCCUCGCUCUCUUCGAGACCCUUGACGGCAAGCGUGCCCCUGGUGACUUCAAGUUCGAUCCCCUCGGAUUCGGAAAGAACGCUCAGACCCGUGAGCGCUAUGCCCUCGCUGAGGUCAAGAACGGCCGCUUGGCUAUGUUGGGCUUCGGAGGAAUGGUUCACGGAUACUUCCUCACUGGCAAGGGACCCAUCGAGGCCCUCCUCAACUUCCAGUCCCUCAAGUAAACAUUUUCCUCCUUUGUGACUAUAAUGAAACCCCAUGUAAAUGGUCCA